CGGUGUCAAGUUCAAUUUAUUAUCUUUGAAAAACUGCUAUAUUGUCAAAACCCAAUAUAUUCUGCCAUGUGGAAGCUAUUUUUGAUCAAUGAAAAAACAAAUGUGGCUGUGCAUGACCAUAAAUACGCUUACUAAUGAGAUAGUGUCUUGCUCCGUCAGAUACAGGGGAGCCCAUUUCUGUAUAAUUGACACGAGUGUACCCAUAGGGCUAAUUAUUGGACUUGUUGGUGAGUGAAAUGUUUUUAUGGGUCAAAAAUGUAGGAAAAGAGCACAUUUGAAGGCAUCGUCCCUGUGAGACGCCACUGUGCCCCGCAAGUGCAACGUUGUGCUUUAUUUCUGCGACUAAUAGGCCAUAAUAUGGCAUCAUACGAAAGAGUAAAGCGGUCUGUGCCACACCCCCUUAUCCGCGGUGUGGUGGUAUGAUCCACGGAUGCUGUUAUAGCGGCGACCAGCCUCGGCAGCAUCAGCAACACCAGUGAGUCUCGUCGGGUUCAAGUGCAGCUAAUCGCAGUUUGCCGGGCUCCCUCCUGUCACCACCGCACUGUCCUGCCGGGCUUUCAUACCCUGCCUACCAACAGACUCCCUUCCCCUCUGCAGAGAUCUCGUCUGAGGCAGCGUCCACUUCGUAUCGAAACCACACCGGCGGAGUCCGAGGAGCGCGGCGAGGUGUCUCAGUCACGUUUCGAGCAGAGGCACAACGUCACGGGGUUCCGAUUCUGCUUGGGGGGCGGGAUUGCUCCGCACUUGGAUCUUAAGCGUGGAAUUUCACCGAAAAGGAAUGGCUGCUGCUACACGUCAGGAAGACUCCGUAUUCUGCAUUGUGGCUGUGCUGAGUGAUUAAGUGGAUGCCCUUCAAGCCAUGGAGGAGAUGGACAGUAAACCCUACCAGCCGCUGUCUAAGGGCCGUCAUGAAAUGGAGAUGUCGUACACCAGUUCGUCUGAUGAGAGCGAGGACGGUCACGCUCACCACCGCUCUUACACCUCACGUGAAACCCUGCCUGACUACACACACGAGCUACGCCUCACGCUUGGAUCACACCGCGAAAGGCAGAACAACUACAGCCAAGCUCAGCCAGGUAUCCCAUAUGCUCAGGAUUUCUGCAACGCUGCUCAGCUGAGGAGUCCAGACUACGUCCACCAACAGCAACAACAGCAGCAGCAUCAAGAAGACGACGAGGAAGCAUUAUGCGCUGGACCCACCGCUCACAUCCACAGCCGCGGCUACUCCCUGGGCAUCGGUUCCGAUGUGGACACUGAGCCUGAUGUGGAACCCUCAGCCGCCCAUGGCCUACAGCACAUGUGGAUGCGUGGUUUGAAGUCGGAGCAGAGCUCCUGCCUGACAAGCCGCGCCAACUCUGCCCUGUCUCUCACCGACACCGAGCAUGACAGAAAAUCUGAGCCCGAUAAUGAGUUGCCCAGCAGUCCAGGUGGUCAGUUCACAUUUCGACCGUUGCCGCCACCUCCUCCGCCCCCGCAUGCCUGCACCUGCGCCCGCCCGGCACCCUACACCCAAGUCAGUCUGCAGAGGAAAACCAUGCCGACGCGAUGUCAGGCCAGCCAGGGCGUCCAGGGGGCAGACACCAGUUCAAGCACGGACCAGGCACAGCUUCAUGACAGCUGGGUGCUGAACAGCAACAUUCCCUUAGAGACCAGACACUUCCUAUUCAAGCAAGGCUCGGGCUCAUCAGCCCUGCUUUCAGGUGCGGGGCAGGGUUACCCUUUGACCUCUGGAACAGUGUACUCGCCUCCGCCCAGGCCCCUGCCUCGCAGCAGUGUGACCAGACCACUGUUUACCUUCAACAAGCCUCAUCGCUGCUGCAACUGGAAGUGUACAGCAUUAUCUGCGUCUCUUCUCACUCUUACCCUAGCUCUGCUGCUCACAUAUGUCAUUGCGGUCCACCUGUUAGGUCUGACCUGGCAUCUGCGGCACGGCGAAAGCCAGCUGUAUGAAAAUGGUGUGAGCUCAGCAGACCAUCAACAGGAGGACCGCAAAACUAGACCUACCAGCUCCAUCCACCUGCUGGACACACUCAACCCUGAGAACACACAUGCCAGUGACAGAGAGAAGUGGGUGCGCGGACGGACCAUUGACAGUGGUGAGGUCGACAUUGGAACACAACAGAAUCAGGCCAUCCCACCAGGAGUCUUUUGGAGGUUUCAUAUGACUGUGCACCACCCGACCCACAUCAAGUUCAAUCUCUCCCUCUCCCAUAAUGCACUGCUGGGGGUCUACGGACGCAGGAAUAUACCACCUACACACACACAGUUCGACUUUGUGAAACUGCUGGAAGGCAAGGCGCUGCCCAGAUCUUUGAGUGAUCAUGUUUCAGCUGGCAAAGCACCCAAAGGUCUGCUGCUGAGCGGCUUCCAAGAAACGCGCUUUAUUGAGUACAUGGACCCUGGCACCUGGCAUCUGGCUCUCUACAACGAUGGACGCAACCUCGAGCAAGUAUUACUCCACAGCACACCCAUAGAAACAAUGGAUGGCUGUUCCAAAGGAUGUAAUGGAAAUGGCGAGUGUGUUGCUGGACGCUGCCACUGCUUUGCUGGUUUCAUGGGUCCUAACUGUGCCAAAGAUUCGUGCCCUGUGUUGUGCAGCGGUAACGGCGUUUAUGAGAAGGGAAGGUGUGUGUGCCUGACCGGUUGGAAGGGAGCAGAGUGCAAUGUGGAGGAAGGUCAGUGUAUCGACCCCACCUGCUCCAACCACGGCUCCUGCUUGCACGGCAUCUGCAUAUGCAGCCCAGCCUACAAGGGAGUAAACUGUGAACUGGUGGACUGCGUGGACCCUCAGUGUGGUGGGCAUGGCGUGUGCGUCCGCGGGGAGUGUGUCUGCUCUCCAGGCUGGGCAGGAGUGAGCUGUGAUGACCCGUUGCCAGCCUGUCAGGAGCAGUGUUCAGGACAUGGCACCUACCUCCCUGAGUCAGACACCUGCGCCUGCCAGCCCAACUGGACAGGACCAGACUGCUACAUUGAACUGUGCCCAGUCCCGUGUGGCAGUCAUGGUGUUUGCUCCGAGGGCCAGUGCCAGUGUGAGGAGGGUUGGCUCGGCGCGGCAUGCGACCAGAGAGCGUGCCAUCCUCGCUGCGAAGAACAUGGCCAGUGCCACGAUGGGACUUGCAUCUGCCAACCCGGCUGGGAGGGAGAGCACUGUAACAUCGUUGCUCAUGAUUUGGACAUCGUUGUGAAAGACGGCUGCCCAGGGUUGUGCAGCGGGCACGGGCGCUGUACCCUGGAGCAGAGUGGCUGGCGCUGCGUGUGCCAGGCUGGAUGGAGUGGGCCUGGUUGCAGCGUUGUCAUGGAAACUGACUGCAGUGAUGGAACAGACAACGAUGGAGAUGGUCUGAUUGACUGUGUGGAUCCGGACUGUUGCGAGCAGCUUAGCUGUGGCUCUGACCCUCUAUGCCGCGGCUCGGCUGACCCCAUGGCCUUGUUGCAACGGAGCCCAUUGCCCCCAACUGCACCGGCCUCACCCAUUAACACACACACUUACAGUUUCUACCGCCGCAUCCACUUUCUCCUUGGCAAAGCAGCCACACACGCUCUCCCUGGAGACGUGCCCUUUGAUACCAGCCGUGUUGCUGUGAUUCGAGGCAGCGUUGCAUUGCAAGAUGGCUCUUCAUUGGUUGGCGUCAACAUCACCUUCCCUCAGCAUCCCGAAUAUGGGUACACCAUCAGUCGACAGGAUGGAAGUUAUGACCUGGUGACUUUGGGUGCAAUGUCAGUGACUCUGAUGUUCCAACGCCCGCCUUUCCUGUCACAAACACGUACUGUCUGGACCCCAAACAACAACUUCUUGGUUUUGGAUCAGGUCAUCAUGUCCAGGGAAGAGGUUCAGCCUCAAAAAUGUGAUAUUCGGACUGUUUUGAGUCCUUAUCCUCUGGUCUUGCCAUACCCACUGCCCAAAUACACAGGGACAUGUGCAGAGAAGGGUUCUGCUGUACCAGAGCUUCAGGCAGUGCAGGAAGAAGUUGCAAUUCCAGGAUCCUUCAUGAAGCUGAACUAUUUGAGUACCCGAGCCGCAGGUUACCUCUCCUUGUUGCGUAUCCUCCUCACACCUUCAUCCGCGUCCUCGCCCAUCUCGCCCCUGGGCAGUUUGUCAAAGGUGCAUGUGAGAGCUUCAGUCCAGGGAAGGUUGUACCAACGCUGGUACCCUGCUGGGCCUGGUCUGGUCCACAGGGUGGUCUGGAACAAAACAGACGUUUAUGGCCAGAAGGUGUGGGGCCUCACUCAUGCAACUGUAUCGGUCGGCUAUGAGUAUGAAUCGUGUCCUGGAGUUAUUCAGUGGGAGAGGAGAACGGCGCUCAUGCAGGGUUUUGAGUUGGUGCCCUCUCACCUCGGAGGUUGGUCCUUGGACAAACAUCAUUCCCUCAACAUUCGUAGUGGAAUCCUCCACAAGGGAAAUGGAGAAAAUGUCUUCCUCUCCCAGCAGCCCGCUGUGAUCGCCACAGUUAUGGGGAACGGGUUCUAUCGGAGCGUCCCCUGCGGGCCAAGCUGCAGUGGCGCAGCCCGUGAUCUGAUGCUGUACGCCCCUGUGGCACUGUGCAGUGGUCCUGACGGUUCUCUAUAUGUUGGGGACUUCAACUUCAUCCGCAGGGUGCAUCCAGAUGGCUACACCAGGACCAUUUUGGAACUUAAGAACCGGGAUACCAGACACAGCACCAGCCCGGCCCAUAAAUACUACUUAGCCAUGGACCCAAUGGGAGAAGUUCUUUAUGUGUCGGACACCAGCAGUCGCAGAGUGUACAGGGUGAGGAACCUUGGUCAGCCGAAAGAUCCGUCACGCAACCUGGAGGUGGUUGCUGGGACCGGGGAGCAGUGUUUGCCCUUUGACCAGAGCCACUGUGGAGAGGGCAGGAAGGCCACCGAAGCGGCACUCAAUAACCCUCGAGGUAUUGCAGUGGAUAAAAAGGGUGUUGUCUACUUUGUUGAUGGCACCACCAUUCAGAAGAUUAAUGAAAGGGGUUUCCUGUCCACUGUCAUUGGCUCCAAUGGACUGAUGUCAACGCAACCCCUAAGCUGUGAUGCGCGCAUGGACAUCAGCCAGGUUCGUCUGGAGUGGCCAACAGACUUGGCGAUAAACCCUCUGGACAACUCCCUCUACAUCCUAGACAACAACAUUGUGUUACAGGUAUCAGAGACUCUUCAGGUGCGUAUUGUCGCCGGCCGUCCCAUCCACUGCCAGGUGCCAGGUAUUGACCACCAUCUAAUGAGCCGAGCUGCAGUUCGGGCCACUUUGGAAGCAGCCAAAGCCAUCGCCGUGUCGCACUUGGGCACCCUGUACAUUGCUGAGACUGAUGAGAGGCGCAUCAAUCGCAUUCAGCAGGUGUCAACCAACGGGGAGAUUUCAGUUAUCUGUGGCGCUCCUACGGACUGUGACUGCAAGAUAGACCCCAACUGUGACUGCUUCUCCGGUGACGGCGGCUACGCUCGUGACGCCCGACUCAAAGCUCCCUCCUCUCUGGCCGUUGGUCCCAAUGGCACGCUGUACAUCGCUGAUCUAGGGAACAUUCGGAUCCGAGCUGUCAGCCCCAACCAGCCCCAGCCUGGCCCGGCUGGACUGGUGGAGAUCAGCUCUCCACUCGACCAGGAACUCUAUCUCUUCAGCCAGAAUGGCUCCCACCUGCACACUAAGCACCUGAUCACCGGCCACUACCUGUACAAUUUCUCUUACGGUAGAGACGGCCUGUUGUCUGCAGUGACGGGUCGUGAUGCUCAUGGGCUGCAGGUGAAGAGAGAUGCUCACGGUGUGCCGCUCUGGCUGGCGCUACCUGGUGGCCAGGUGUACCGCUUGUCUCUGAGUAACAGCGGAACACUGAGGAAGGUUUCCGCACAAGGUCACGACGUCGCCCACAUCAUUUACCACGGUAACACCGGUCUCCUAGCAACCAAGAGCGAUGAGAACAGUUGGACCACUGUGUAUGAGUACAACAACGAAGGCCGCUUGACCAACAUCACCCUCCCGACGGGUGAUGUGCGUGGUUUCCAAGGCAACCUGGAGCGCUGGUCGAGGGUUGAGGUUGAAGCAUCCAACCGGGAGAACUUUGUCACCAGCACGAACCUGUCUGCCAGUGACACUAUCUACACAUUCAAACGAGACCAUGCACAGAGUUCUUACAAAGUCAACGCCGACGGCUCGUUCUUUGUGUCGCUGGCCAGCGGGAUGGAGCUGUCCCUGAGCACAGAGCCCUUUCUGCCGGGAGGUGUUGGGGGUGGAGUCAGCCCAACCGCCAGCCGCUGUAACAUCAGCCUGCCCGGUGACCACGCCCCCAGUCUAAUUGAAUGGAGGCAAAGGAAGGAGCAAAGCAAGACAAACUACACCACUUAUGAACGCAGGCUGAGGGCACAUAACAGGAACUUGCUGUCCAUAGACUUUGAUCAGAGCACACGAGUGGGCAAGAUCUAUGAUGACCACAGAAAGUUCACCCUCCAUAUCCAAUAUGAUAUUCUUGGCCGCCCUGUGGUGUGGUCUCCGAGCAGCAAAUACACUGAAGUAAAUGUCAGCUACUCUGGAGGUGGACUCUUGUCAGCCAUCCAUCGUGGGGAAUGGUUUGAACGUCUCAAAUACGAGAAUGACAAGGUGGUAUCCAGAGCCUGGGUCAAUGGGAAGAUAUGGAGCUACACAUACAUAGACAGAGCGGUCAUGCUACUUCUACACAGCCAACGGAGAUACGUCUUUGAAUACGAUCAGACGGACCGACUGAUAGCGGUCACGAUGCCCAGCAUGGCCAAACACAACCUGCGCUCGCUGCUGUCCAUUGGUUACUACAGGAAUAUGUACACUCCUCCUGACAGCCUGGCGUCCUUCCUGCAGGACUACACCCUGGAUGGGAGGCUGCUCAGGACUCAGUACUUGGGGACGGGACGCAGUGUCAUCUACAGGUAUACACCAGCAGCACAUCUCUCUGAGGUGACAUAUGACUCCACCUUGGUGACCUUCACUUACGAUGAGGCCUCUGGCAGCGUCAAAAUCAUCCAUCUCACCCACAACGGCUUCAUAAGCUCUAUACGAUACAGGCAGACAGGUACACGUGCAUUUGUGUGGGUGGAGCAGUUUGGCAAGUUCAGCGUCAUCUUUUAUGACCUCAACCAGGUGAUCACUACACAUCUGAUGAAGCACACCAAGGUGUUUAACUCAUACGGCCAAGUGGUGGAGGUCCAGUACGAGAUCCUCAAAUCUAUCGCCUACUGGAUGACCAUCCAGUAUGACUCUGCAGGACGUACAACCACCUGCGACAUUAGGGUGGGCGUGGACAGCAAUGUGACCCGAUACACCUACGAGUAUGACGCGGACAGCCAACUGCAAAGUGCUGCCGUCAAUGAGCGGCCUCAAUGGCGCUACAGCUAUGACCUCAACGGGAAUAUCAACCUGCUGAGCCACGGCACCAGUGCAAGGUUGGUUCCACUGCGUUAUGACCAGCGAGACCGCAUCACACACCUCGGUGAGAUACAAUACAGUGUGGAUGACGACGGAUUCCUCCGUCAGCGAGCCAAUGACCUCUUUGACUACAACUCCAAUGGGGCGCUGUACUACGACCUGCAGGGUCACCUCAUCGCCAUGGAGUUGAGCAGUGGGGAGGAAUACUACGUCGCCUGUGACAGUGUGGGGACCCCAAGGGCCGUUUUCUCAAGCAAGGGCCGACUGGUCAAAGAGAUUCUCUAUACCCCCUACGGAGAAGUCUAUCAGGAUACCAACCCUGACUUUCAACUCAUCAUCGGAUUCCACGGAGGCUUGUAUGAUCCUCUCACACGGCUAGUCCACCUGGGUAGGCGGGAUUAUGACACUCUAGCUGGUCGCUGGACUUCACCCAACCAUGAGCUGUGGGUUGAGCUGAGCAAGGAGCCAAGACCGUUUAACUUAUACGCCUUCAAAAACAACUGCCCCAUGGGGAAAGUGGAGGAGGUGACGCAGUUUACAACAGACAUUGGCAGCUGGUUGCAGCUAUUUGGCUUCCAGCUUCACAACGUUGUGCCUGGUUUCCCAAAGCCUGAGAUCAGCCGCUUGGAACAAACAUAUGAACUGAUGAAGACUCAAACCAAGACCCAAGACUGGGACUCGAGCAAGGUGGUUUUGGGAAUCCAAUGUGAGCUCCGCAGGCAGCUGAGACGUUUCAUCUCUUUGGAGCGUUUGCCUCUAGUCUCAGCACCCGUUGGCUCAACCUGCCACCGACCAACACGACCUCCUCCCUUCGGUUCCCGGCCCUUUCUUCUCGGGCCCAGCAUCCGCUUUGCCAUCUCCCACAGCCGCGUGAGCGCCGAAGUUAUCGGUGUGGCCAGCGAGGACAGUCGGCGAGUGGCUGCCAUUUUGAACGGCGCCGUUUACCUCGACGGGCUGAGUUUCACAGUGCACGGCUGCGACAGCCACCACUUCCUGCAGUCCCGACCUAUUGAGGAAGACCUCGCUUUGGGUUUAGGGGUCGGUGGGCGCGUCCUAGAGAGUGGAGUCAACGUGAGCGUAUCGCAAAUGAGUGCCAUGCUCAACGGCAGGACUCGUCGGUUCGCUGACAUCACUCUCCAGCAGGGGACGCUGUGCUUGUGCAUCCGUUAUGGCGGCAAUGAGGAGGAGGAAAGAGCGAGGGUGAGGGAGGAGGCUCGGCGGAGAGCAGUGGAGGGGGCGUGGGACCACGAGAGGAAGAGAGUGGAGUUAGGCGACGCCGGGAGCCGAACGUGGAGCGAUGUGGAGAAGCAGCAGCUGCUGUCUGCCGGACGUGUGCAGGGUUACGACGGCUACUACUCUCUGCCUAUAGAGCAGCAGACAGAGCUGUCCGACUGCCCCUACAACAUCCACUUCAUGACUCUAAGCGAGGUGGGAGGCAGGUAACACUGAAGCGGCUCUCCCAUCCCAGCCCACCAAAGACUGCCUGUUUCUACUCGACUCCAAUUUGUUCUACCCUUUCUAUACUGUAUGAAAAAAAGGUGACAUCAUCAAAAAAGAACAAGACGAGAGAUUAGGGGAAAAAGAUUUCCAAAAUUGCCUUUAACUGUGACAGAAUGAUGGUAUUUUAUUAUUAUUGUCUGGUUUCUAACAGUGGCACAAGCAAGUGUGGUCUGGUUGUGGCUUUGCUUUUUGUAUCCCUGCUAGCCAGGGAGUUAACUGACGCUUCUGCUGUCCUAAACACUCUUCUUCACUUUCGAUUUUGUUCUAAUUUACCCAAGCUGAAGACUUCUACGGUUGCCAGUAAAUUAUCUCCUUCAUGACUCAAAUCAAGAGCACUCUAGUUGCCAAUUACUCCGGAUAUACUCCCGUUUACGUCAUGUGCAAGAGAGGCCUUGUCGACUCUGACACUUCCCGAAAAGAGGAGGGAACUUCUUCUGGGUCGCUGCCUCUGCUGUGCCCCAACAGUAGUUUGUAUGCGUGUGUGUACUCCAAUCAAGAAUGUACAUAGCCAGUGCUUUCACACUGAGGAAAAAAAAAAAAGUGCUCAACUGGAAGUUCUGUUGUUCAUAAGUAAGUGUCAGUAUUGUUAAUCAAUAGAAAGAGCAGUUACAUUUUUGCAAAGAAUUAUACAUGGCUAUAGUAAAUAUUCUCGCUGAAAAAAAAAAAUCUGACUUUAUGGGGUUCCAAUGCUGAUUAAAGUUAUUAUGUGUGAA